AUGGCCCAGCCGGAGGACAAGGCCUCUGCAGGCCUCAUCGACGGGGAGAGGAUGGUUCCACCACAGGUGAAUGGAGCAGGUGAGACCCCCUUAGGGGUCCUUGGGACCCCAGAGCCACUCCUUCGCCUGCAGAGGACACGGGGGGUGUGGCAGAUCCCAGAGCUGGCUACUCAGGAUGCGGGAGCCCUUCUUGAGCUGUGGCCACCGGGGAGUUUCCUGGUCACAGGACACAACUCCAGCCAGGUCCUGGUGUUGAGGACAGGAGCUUCACCAGGAGAAGUCUGCACCUACCAGAUCCAGAAGCUUCCUGGAGGUGUUUCUCUGGAAUACUCUAACCUCUGUAUGCCGGACCUGCCCCAUCUCCUGGCUUUCCUAUCAGCCAGCAGGGAUGUUUUGCCCAGAACACUGCUCUUGCCCCCUCCCACUCUAAGGCCAGGAGACCAACAAACAGGUCUUCCACAGACCGGCGGCGUCCAACUCAACAUCUCGGAGAAGGUGCUCCCCGUGGUGAACAAGCUGUACCUGGAGACCCAUGGAGGGUGGGGUUUGGAGCAGAUCACCGCAGAGACACCUCCAGGGACUGCAGAAAGCCACAGUUCAGCCCCCAGGAACCCUGCCCCUCACCGGGUCUCCUGGGUCGAAGGCCCGCUCAGCCCAGAAGGAUACCAUCCUGGGCCAACCCUAGCCAGCCUGGUGGAGGAGAAAGAGAAGGAGGACGAGGACGAGGACGAGGACAGCUACAAAGAUGAAGAGAAAGGACCUGACGAUGUUCUCACCCAUCACAUCCAGGCUCUGGCCAGGGCCCGGAGCAACUACGUGGGCAGGCAGUUCCAGGGCCUUCGAGCCCGCCUCACCUCAAAUGCUGGAGGGCCCCACAGGCCCGGGGACCCAGCCACAGAGCUGCUUCAGGAUGUGCGGCACCUCCUUACCGACCUCCAGGAUCACUUGUCAAAGGACCCCGACGUCAGGGCUGUCUUUGGGAGCCGGGGGCCUGGGGUCCCCCAGAAGGAGGAGGAUCUUGGUAAUAAGGAGGACUGGGAGGGAAUUUAUGGCCAAUGCCCCGACCCACUCGGGUUCUCGUUUGCCAUCUCCGGGCCUUACGGCCCCGCCCCCGCCCUGCGGAGCCGCAUCCACGCGCGCCUGGAGCACCUCCACGCCGCCUGCGCCCCACGCCGCAAGGUGGCGCUGCUGCUGGAGGUGUGCAGUGACGUUUACGCGGGCCUGGCUCAGGGCGAGGACCAAGAGCCCCUGGGGGCCGACGCCUUCCUGCCCGCGCUGACGGAAGAACUGAUCUGGAGUCCGCACAUUGGGGAGACGCAGCUGGACGUGGAGUUUCUUAUGGAGCUCUUGGAUCCGGACGAGCUGCGGGGAGAAGCCGGGUACUACCUGACCACGUGGUUUGGGGCGCUGCACCACAUUGCUCACUACCAGCCCGAUGUGGGCCGCGCACCCCAGGGGCUCAGCUCUGAGGCCCGCGCCUCCCUGCGCCAGUGGCACAGCCGGCGAACGCUGCACAGACAGGACAGACAGGACCGCGGAGCCCAGGUCCAACUGCCCUUUGAGGAGCCAUGGGCAAGAGACACUGUGCCCAGAGACGGACUAUGA